UCGACUUUUGCCGAACGCGGACCCACCUUUUCUCUUUUUAACUUUGAGGAACUGUAUAUAUAGUAAAAACCGGCAUUCAUCUGUCAUGUCCGGUUACGUCUCCGUUUCUUGCCGUUAUCGUCAAUAGCGUAUCGUCACUCAAGUAUUGAACACUUUGCUAUUUUCCUUUAUUUUUUUUGCUGAAUAUCUAUAUCUUUUAUAUGCAAAAAUAUUGCCAAUAAGAAAAAUGGGCCAACGUGUCUCGAGAACGGAUUUCGAGUGGGUUUAUACGGAAGAACCUCACGCCUCCCGACGCAAGAUAAUUUUAGAAAAAUAUCCACAAAUUAAAAAAUUAUUUGGAUAUGAUCCAAAUUUCAAAUGGAUUGUCACUGGAAUGGUGUUAAUACAGAUUCUGUCGUUGUUCAUUGUCAAAGAUUUAAGUUAUCCAAAACUCUUAUUGUUGGCAUAUUGUUUUGGAGGUGUGAUAAAUCAUUCUCUUAUGCUUGCAAUACAUGAAAUAUCUCAUAAUCUUGCUUUUGGACAUGCUAGGCCUAUGGCUAAUAGACUUUUUGGAUUUUUUGCAAACUUGCCAAUAGGAAUACCAGUGUCUAUUAGUUUCAAAAAAUAUCACUUGGAGCACCAUCGUUAUCAAGGAGAUGAAAAAUUAGAUACUGAUUUGCCAACCUUAUUGGAAGCAAAGCUAUUUAAUACGACAUUUGGAAAGUUCUGUUGGAUAUUUUUGCAACCGUUCUUCUAUGCAUUCCGACCUCUCAUAACAUAUCCAAAAGUACCAACUACUUUGGAAUAUGUAAAUUUAAUUAUACAAGUCAUAUUUGAUGCUUGUUUGUGGUACUUCUUUGGUGGUAAAGUGCUGUUUUAUUUGCUUAUUGGUUCAUUUAUGGCAAUGGGGUUACAUCCUGUGGCAGGGCACUUUAUAUCAGAGCAUUAUAUGUAUAAAAAAGGCCAUGAGACAUACAGUUAUUAUGGUUGUUUGAAUAUGAUUACUUUCAAUGUUGGAUACCACAACGAACAUCAUGAUUUUCCUGCAGUACCUGGUUCAAGAUUACCAGAAGUAAAACGUAUAGCUGCAGAAUUUUAUGACAAUUUGCCACAGCACAAUUCAUGGAUUUCUGUUCUGUACGAUUUUGUGAUGGAUCCUGAUAUUGGACCUUAUGCAAGAAUGAAAAGAAAACAUCUAGGAUUGGAUCAAUAACAAAAUUUAGAAUGUUUAUUUUUCUAAGUCUAUCAAAA